AUGGAGAAGCUGAGCCAAGGACCAGAACUACAAGGCUCAUGCUUUGAAACCCAACUGCUCGUUGUAUCUGGCCCAACCCUUCAAGUCAUUCCGAUGAAAGUCUGGAAAGCUCGCAGAAAGCGCUCGCGUAUAGUGCCCAUAUUCAGACGCAACUCAGCCCACAAAGAAAUCGUUAGAGCAGGAAACGUCUUGUUCACCGUCGCUCUGUCACAUCGACCCUCUUCACCAAGAGCCUCACCGGACGACCAACAGACAGGGACAGCCGGACAGGACCGAAGAAAAGGGCAUCAAGUAGGUAAACAGCUGUGGGACCGCGCGCUGCUAGAGGUAAAGCAGUCUAAAGAUCAACAUGCAAUCAAACUCAUCGACGAGGUUGGCAGCCGGCUUGGCCAGGAGGGAACGACGAUGGACGUGGUUAUCAGCAUCACAGAGACGAUGGAGCGCCAACUGAAAGACAAGAAAAGGUCUACUUUGGCGUCUUCAUAUGUCGAAGAGACAAUAUACGCUCUCAAUCAAUUUGUCUCAGUGGGAGAUGUUGCAGUUAGCUACGAUCCAGUACAUGCUGCCCUUCCAUGGGCAUUUGUGCGGGCGGUCCUCGUGACCAUUACGUCGAAGUAUCAGCUUGAUGCGCAGAUACUAGGGGGAUUGGCUUCUGUUGCCUCAUUAUUGCUGCAGUGCAACAUGUAUCAAAGGCUGUACUUGUCCUCCCAUGUUGACCCGGACGGUGCUGGGGAAGCUUUAGAGGCCCUUAAAGGCUCUCUUGUUGCCUCCUAUGCCAGUUCGUUGUUCCUCCUGGGCUUUGUGUACUCCCAUCGGAGGAGGAAUAUGGCGGUGACGGCUCCCUUUUUGCUCCACGAAGUCGAGAAAAAGGUCAAAGAUCUCGACGAGAGUAGUCGCCAACUCACCAACAAAGCAGACGAUUGCGAAAGAUUCUAUGCUUCCCAUAGAGGGAUGUCUUCGCAGAAGCUCAUUGAGCUUGUUGACAGCCUGCGGCAGUCUUCGAGCUAUCACUCCAAAAUGACGCAUAGUAUACUCCUCGAAAGCAUACAGAGAGAGUUCAUCUUGAGCAGGCUGCAAGUCGCCCAGGGAGCCGCCUUUGACGACUACUCUCAAGCAUUCAGAGACGAAUGUUAUCCUGGCACGCGCCUUGAGAUUCUCGACUCCAUAUACAAAUGGGCAGCUGACCCAUCCAGCCCUGCCGUCUUCUGGCUGCAAGGAAUGGCGGGAACAGGUAAAUCGACAAUCGCACAGACGGUAGCCAGGAAGCUAGACGGAGUCAAAUUGGGCGCGAGUUUCUUCUUCAAACGAGGCGACGGUGAUCGUGGAACGGCUCGGCGCUUCUUUGCAACAGUUGCGAGCCAAAUGAUUCGAAAGCAGCCUCGACUUACCCAGAUUCUGCACGAGAUCAUCCAGGAAGAGCCCGAGAUUGGAGGCAAGAUGCUGGAGACCCAGUUUCGUGAACUAUGGGCGCGUCCAUUCAAAGAGCUCUCCGUCGAACCUCUUCCAGAGCCGAAGACAAUCGUGGUCGUGGUCGAUGCACUCGACGAAUGUGAUCCGCCAGAGGAUGCAAAACUUCUCAUCAAACUCCUGAGCGAGACUCCUUCUGUGUCUCCCAUCGGAUUAAAAAUAUUUCUUACCAGCAGGCCGGAAUAUCAUAUAAGCCUCCAGUUCGGCACCACAAGCGGCCCGCGUCGCGAUCUGAUACUGCAUCGUGUUGAUGAAGCCAUCGUUCAGAGCGACAUUCGCGCAUACCUGAAGAACGAUAUGCAAAAGUAUACAAAGCAAUACAAUCAGCAUAUGGAAAGGAUCGGACAAGGCCAAUCACUCCCAUAUGACUGGCCUGGAGAAGAAACAUUUGAGCGACUUGUGCAGAUGGCCACACCCCUCUUCAUCUCUGCCGCAACAAUAUCUCGAAUGCUCCGGAACGAUCAGUGGCCAGCAACGCCCGAGGAAAAGCUGGAGCACAUACUCGAGUUCAGCACAAAGGGCGAAGGCCAAGUGGAGGAUCUGUACCGUUCGAUCCUCGCUCAAAUCAUGGGCCGAAUUCCGGUCCGCGCCAGACGGAGAUACAUUGACGAGUUUCAGAAGAUCGUCGGGUCCGUCAUCCUUCUUGCCAGUCCUUUGUCUGUUCCGGCACUCUCGAGUUUGCUGGGGUUUCAGGAGAAGGAACUAUACAACAAACUCAACCCUCUGUCUUCGGUGUUGGAUGUACAGUCUAGAGAUGCGCCAGUCAAGCUAUUCCAUCUCUCAUACCGGGACUUUCUGUUAGAAAAGGAUUCAUUUGGCGACAGCAAUGGGGGUGAUCCUUGCCAGUGGUUUCAUAUCGAACAAGUCACCGUUCAUGCGUGGCUGGCAGGACAAUGCCUACAGCUUCUAUCUACGCAUCUGCAUAACGACAUCUGCAAUGUCCAGGAUCCUGGCGCGGUCAGAGGAGAGGUUCCACUGGAAAAGAUUCGUCAGUGUUUACCCCCUGCGAUGGUUUAUGCAUGCCUCUACUGGAUACACCAUGUAGAGGCAGGCGAGCUGAUGCUCAAAGACGGAGGAUCUGAGCAUGCAUUCCUUCAGACUAAGAUGCUGAACUGGGUCGAGUCAUUAGCCUGGCUCGAGAGAUUGAACGAAGGGCUUGAAGGAAUUCGCGUCUUGAAAAGUAUGGUCAAUAAAGCCAGCUGCGGUGAGAUUUUCAGACUGCUCGAGGACGCCGAAAGGUUCAUCUUCUCUUUCAGAGGGGCAAUUCAAGAAACGCCAUUGCAGAUUUACAACUCGGCACUUGUCUUUUCACCCAGCAACAGCAUCGUGCGCAAGGCUUUUGCUUCCAACUGUCCGACCUUUAUCAGACGGAUGCCACAAGUCGACCCCCAUUGGUCUGCCUGCAUUCAGACUAUCGAGCCCAAAUACGAAGAUGCAGGGUGGGCUGUAGGCCUCGAACUGCUGCCCAAUGAUACAAUGGUCAGUGGCUUUUGCGGGGGCCCUGUCAAAAUCUGGGAUCUGGACACUGCGUCUUGUCUCCAUGAGUUCAUGAUCGACUCAGACAAGGCUCAAAAUUUCGCCGUAUCGGCAGAUGGCAAACUCGCAAUCAUGGGGGAAAAGCAUGUGCAGGUUUGGAAUCUCGAUGAUCGACGGUGCUUAUAUACACUGGUCCAUAGUAUGGGGGAUCCCUACAUGUACGUGACCAUGAUCUUUUCGGCUACUGGAGACUGCCUGUAUGCGCUAUCAUCGGCGGGAGAGUAUGCUCUUUUUGAUCUUGUCCGCAGAGAGUCCAAGACGGUCCGGCUUAAUCGGGUUCUUGACGAACCGGGAAACAAAUGCCUCUCCAAGGAUGGGAAACUGGCAGCCCUUUUUGGCCAACACGAAGUCAUUAUUUGGGACCCCUACGCCAACACGAUCCAUCAGGAGCUGAAAGACAUCAAAAUCACCAUCAGCACAGCCAUCUUUUGCCAAGAGGGAGAGUUCUUAAUUGCUGGAGCUCUUGGAGGGGAAAUCCGAUUUACCGAUAUCAAGACAGGGGAAACUGAAAAGGAGUUCAACGGCAAGAUUGGAAUGGUCCAGGCCCUCGCCAUCUCCAAGAAUAACGAGCGGCUUGUCGUUGGCGGCGGGCACAAUACUUCAAUUUCCAUAUGGGAUGCCAAGAAUCAUGUUUUACAGCACAUCCUUACGGGCCAUACAACGCCCAUCUUGCACGUUGCUUUGUCCUCGGACGGAGAUACGCUUGCUUCCCAUUCAUGGGACGCCAUCAAAAUAUGGGCCUUGCCGCUUACAUCUUCAAACCCCCAGACCAACGCCAUCGGAAAUGUUCGCGGCAUGGUUCUUGAUCGCCAGGGCCAAAGGCUUUACCAUUCCGAAUUGGACGCCAUCGGAACCUGGGAUCUGAGUACCACGCGUUGCGUCAAGAGAUCCGAGGUUGGUUCUGUCAUUGUGUUUUCGGACUUCUCGCCACUUGCCGCCAUUCUGGGCAUGAAGCACGCUGAGAUAUGGGAUCUUACCGAGCAUUGUUGCGUACAGACGUUACAGACGCGGGAGAAAUUGGAGUCUUCAGCGAACUUGGAUGAGUUACCCCCGGGGCCACUUAUCAUGGACCCCUCCGCUUUAUCCAAGGACGGCCAGCUGUUUUACUCUCGUUCUUACUGGUGGUCUGAGCCCAAGACAAUGUACUGGUCGACGUUGCAGACGUGGGACACAGUCUCAGGCCGUUGCCUGCGUAUAUUGAGCAGCAGCGAACGGGUAAUCAUAGAGAUUGUGAUGUGCCCCGAGGGCCAGCAAGUGGCGUUGCUCGAGGCGUAUGAUACAUGGGAGCCGGAUUCGGAGACUGGGACGGUGGAUAUUCGUAUACUGGAGGUUUCGACGGGACGCUGCAUCUGUGUCAUCCACACCGAGGCUGCGGCCGAAUCUGCCGUGUUUUCGGCAAAGGGCACACAGAUCAUUGCCAUUACAAGAAAUCGAGACGCCGGGAUUUUUAAUACGUCCACAGGGGAGAAGAUACUAGGCCUCUUCCUUGGCCUAGGCCCGUACGAUAACAAGCCUGUCUUUCCCUUGCCUCCGAGCUUUCUCAAUAGAGAGCUCGUCGUCCACAAGGAUAUGCCCCUUGAAGAAGUCAGAGACUCUCUUCUGAAGGAGUAUGGCAUCUCGCCCGAUAGAGCUUGGUUGACGAGGCGUUUGAAGAGAGUACUGUGGUUGCCCCCUGACUAUCGCCCAUCGUGUGCUAUUCUGUCGGCAUCUCAGUUGAUCUUGGGCUGCGGUGGUCGUAUCGUCACAAUGGUACUUGAGUAA